UGCCAUUAAACUUCGUAUGAUUACACAACUGUCAACAAAAGAGAAAGUAUUUACGACGCCAGAUGGUGAAAAUUUACUGACGGUUAUUGCAAGUCUUUUUUCUUCUCUUCUGUUUUGGAAACCUGUCCUUUUAUUACGUCAAACUAGCAUGAAUAUUUCAGUUUUCUUUCUUUCAUUCUUUGUUUUCCUCUGUGAUAAUAUUCAAGGACAGAAGUAUUCUAAUCAAGAGUGUAAAGAUCUUGAUAGAAUUCAGAAAUCUCUUACCACAGCUUUGAAACAAAGAAGAGACAUUCCAGUAACAGCAUCGUGCAAGCCAAACAAUAAUUGCACAGGAGUGGAAUGCAGUGGAACUGCAAAUGGAAAGAAGUUUCGUAGUAUUGUCAUACUGGAGGCUUGCCAUACACCUGUCAGAAUGAAAGUUUAUUUAAACAAUAAAGUCAUUAAUAUCACAAAUGAUUUUGAGUAUCAACUACCUUCAAAGGAUGCAACAAAAGCAUAUCUUGUUGUAAAACUUGCAAGGGAAAGAAAUGUAGUUUAUAUUACUGUAAACGUGAAAGGUUGUUUUUUGACCUUUCCUUGUGUUUCCUUUCCAAUCGUGGAAAAUCAGAGAGUUCAUGUUCAUUGCAAUGCAAGUGUUGAUCCAACAUCAACUUCUUAUUCUACCGCUGCAGUUACAAACGAAGAUGAAUCAAAAAAUCCGGAGUGCAAGGGAUUAAAUAAUGCUAAGAAACAAAUAGAAAGGAGCUUCAAUAAUUUUCCCUCGUACGCGGCUAAUAGCAUCUUCUGUUAUCCAGCCACUAACUGUACAGAACUUAGAUGUGAUGGUGUGUUUAAUGGUUAUGACUUCAACACAACAAUUUUAAUUGACUAUUGUUCUGACCCAAUUGAUUUGAGGGUUGCUAUUGAUGUGCCUCGUAAAAACAUUCAUUAUGAUCACCGUUUAAAAAAUAAAAAACCUUAUAAAAUACUCAAGAUAGGAACCCUUACGGUUCACAUCAGACGUAGUCCAAAGGACAGAAACGUCAUUUAUUUGUCAAUGAAGUUGACGUUAUUAUUCGUUUCGAAGGAUCUUAUAAAGAACAUAAGUGUCCGUGUAGAUCCUUCACAUUGUCAUGGAAAAUACUUGGCAUUUCCUCAGAUAAAAUCGGAAAAAUGUGAAAAAAUGACUGCUGUUGCGAAGAUGGUCGAAGAAAGAUUAUUUCGAGAUCAUAAAAAAGAUGUGGUACAGAAAUGUUCUGUCAUGAAAACAUGUGAAGGAAUCCAUUGCUAUAGAAAAAGUGGUAGCGAUACCCUACAAAUUUACACAAGAAUCGAUCCUUGUAAUUCAACUCUUUUUGUGAAUUCCUCACAGAAUGGCAAAGUAAAAUGCAUGAAAUUUAAGAAUGGAAAAAAUUUUCAAAUGAAAAGAUUCCAAGACAUGAUCUUGUUUAACGUGAGUUUUGAGGGAUUUGGCAUCUUGCGAAACGCAGAAAUUCAAUACGAUCCGAACGAUUGUCGUGAAAUUCAAUACGAUCCGAACGAUUGUCGUGAAAUUCAAUACGAUCCGAACGAAGGCAAUAGUUUUAAAUCUCCACACAUUCUGGUUUGUCACCUGCUGUUGUUGCUGGGAUUGUUAUUGCGGUCAUUGUCAUCAUUGUCGUGAUUCUUGUUGUUGCCAUAGCAACUGUUCGUUACAAACGCCGAAGGAUCGCGCGUUAUACUGAUCUGGUAAUGAAUGAUGACUCUGAUCCAUUGAUAUAUGAUUCAGAUCCAGUGGCCUGAUUCUAAUGACAAGUAACUACCUUCACCCAAACGAUUUUAUAGUAUUUCUGUCCUGUACAUAAAGGUAGAACUGAAUUUCGUAAUUUGUGCAGUAGGGUUAUUAUUUUAAGAUAGUAUUAUUGUUAGUAUGUUAAUAAAUGCACGAUUCUAUUUA